CACACGUGUGCGUGCAUGUGAGCUGGUCACGUGCUCCGAACGGGACAACAACAAAGCACUGAGCCAAUCAGAGAGCAGCUGUCAGCCUGCUGCAGUCUGUCAGAGUUUUAGGGGACUCAGAGGAGACCCGAUAGUGGGGAAAAAAAACGUUUUAGACCCGUCAGUGGCCCAACAGGGACCCGACAGUCUAAAUUCUGGACAGCGAGGAGGCCGAGAGAGCUGCAGCCGGUAAAACAUGCCUGAUAUCCCGCCCGGAGCUCCGGAGGUGUCCCGGAAAAGAGGCGCGGAGCCCGGAGCUCCUGCGGAGCUGGUCCCGGAGAGAAAGAAGGCCUGCUGGGGGAUCCUGACCAGCCAAGGUCGGUCUUGUGUGGGAGUGGGGGGUGGGGGGGUUGCAGAAGUAAUUGCCUAUAGCCUACCUGCGAGCUGGUUUAGAGCUGCAGGUGUGUGGACUGGUGAUCCCUGGGCUUAUUUAUUAUUAUCUCUCAGCUGUUUGACACCGUGUGUCUGUGUUUUUUUUUAUUUCAACGGGUAUAAAAGUAAAAACAGUUAUUUAGAAACAGACAAAAAAACCUCAGAAAUAGACUAAAACAAUGAUACAGAGAGUCUAUGGUUUACAGACACAGUUUGAGUAGUUUACUGUAAGACCAAAGGGUAUUCAAAAUAAUCCAAGUGUCACUCAGAUCAAAGCCUGCAUACAAAUAAACCCAUUAGAUAGGCUACCACUUAUUAUAGUGGUGUUAAUAUUAAACAAAGAGGAUUAGAAAAUUGAAUGUCACAUCAGUAUGAAUGCAAUAUUAUGCUGUUCAAUGUUACAACACUUAUAAAAAACAACACAUUAAACAACCAGCUUUCACAUCCAUAACUUUUAUUAAUAAUCAGAGUCAUGUGACUUAAUGAAAGUAAACACUCACUGAACACAUGACCUCACCAUGGUCACAUGACUCAUCAUGCAGAGAAAAAGAACCUCAUUUAGUUUUUUUAGAUAAAUAAAUAAAAGUUUAAAAUAAAAUGUUGGAAAUUUCCUGUAUUAGUUUUUAUCAUAAUUAUUGUGAUUUUCAUUCUUGCAAUUGUUGAUGUAAACAUAAACAGUGUUGUUAUUUUUAUAAUAGUUGUAAAUAAUUAUUGUUGUUUCUGUUACAAUCACUUUUGUUAUUACUCUCUCAGUUAUUCUAUUAUUAUUGUUAUUAUUAUUAUUAUUAUUAUUAUUAUUAUUUCCAGUGUUGUUGUUGCUGUUAUUAUCAUAAUUGUUGUUUAUUGCUGUUGUUUAAUUGUCAUUUUGCAGUAUGUAUUUACUAUACACUAUAUUACAUCACCCAGCAGAGUAGUAUAGUACUGAUGAUGCUGUUGACCUUCCUAAUAUGGCCACUAUCUUGUUCCACAUAGAGGAGGUCGGUCAGUCUAAAUAUGGCCGACUGUGUAUGCAGAGGAGAGGACGGUUAGGGAGGCUUUUACCUGACAGCAGAGCCAGAGGGUUAGUCAGCUGGUGAAAAAACAGCUAGUUAAACAGGUUAGUUUUAGUGUUGUGUCAAACAUAUUCUGAUUAUAGUCAGUUUUCUGGUAGCUGUUAUUUUUAGCUGUUAGCUGUAGAGAGAGAGAGUAAGUGAGUUUGUGUGUGUGUAUUGCUGUCAGUUAGAGGCCCUCAGUCUGUCCCUGCAGGAUGUCUUAUGUCUAUCAGUGGCUGGACGUGCCGUGGGGGGAUGGAGACAUGGGUAUGUUUCUUAUCAGGCCAAGUCUGUAUCACUCACUCACUCACUCACUCACUCACUCACUCACUCACUCACUCACUCACUCACUCACUUGCUCACACACCCAGUUUCUCACUCACUCAGUCUCUCACAAAGCUGUUUUUUUCACUGCCAGCUGUCAGGAUCUGUCAGGUUGUGUGGAUUAUGUUGCCCCCUGCUGUCAGGCUCUGUAGCCUGCAGCAGUCUCAUUCAGAGUUUUGGUCAUCUGAAUUUGGUGGUCUGUAAAAGCAUAAACCUGGAUCAGACUGAUGUGGUCCAGUUUGUCUUUUAAAAAAAACAGGACUGAUGUGAGCUGAGAGGCAUACACUGUAUCAAAUUUAGAACAUUUAUUGAUCACACCUGUGUGUCUCUGUUUCUGUUCAGGUUCUUGGGCUGAUCGCUCUCCUCUACAUGAAGCAGCUUCUCAAGGUCGACUGCUCGCCCUGCGCACUCUGCUCUCACAGGUAACGCACCUGUAGACUGUCCAAACAACUCCAAAUUACAUCAGUGCUGAAACACUCUCUUCAGUGUUGAUUAAAAGGAGAGAGGAUGAGUGAGACAGAUAGAAAGAGACAAAGUGAGAUGGACAGAGUGAAAUUGUGAGUGAGACUGACAGAGAAAGACAGCUUGAGUGAGUAAGACAGAUUGAAUAAGACAGGGCAAGUUAGAAGGACAGAGUGAGACCGGGUGAGACAGCCUAAGUGAGACAUAGCAUGAGAUGGAAAGAAAGACAGACAGAGUGAGAUGGACCAUGUGAAAAAGACAGUCUGACAGAGUGUGACAACCAGAGUGAGGAAGGAUGUGUAAGAAAGAGUGAGAUUGACAAAUGUUAAACAGAUGGAGUGAUACAAACAGAGUAAAUCAGAGAAAUACGGAACAAGUGAGACAGAUGAAAUGAGACUGAUGAAGUGAGACAGACAGUGUGAGACAGAGUGAUAUAAACAGCGAGAUAGAGUGAUGGAGACAAUGUGAGACGAAUGGAGUGAGACAGAUUGAAUGAGACAUACAGAGUGAGACAGAAUUAAGCAGACGAAGUGAGGAAAAAAUGGGGAGUGACAAAGACAGAGUGAGACAUAUCACUCUGAGAGAGAGAUCAUUACAUCAGAGUUGUUCUGAUGUCUGUGCCUCUCUGUGUUCAGGGGUAUCACGCCAACAUUGUAACCAUUGACCAUGUCUCUCCGCUGCACGAAGCCUGUCUGUCAGGACAUGUGGCCUGUGUGAGAGCGCUGCUCACCGCCGGAGCUAAUGUAAGUUAACAAGUGUCUUCUCCUAUUCCACGGCCGCUGCUUCUAUGUUGAUCACUCCUGUGUUCACCCUCAUCUGUGUGUUCAGGUAAAUGCGACCACCAUAGACGCGGUGACUCCUUUGUUUAACUGCUGUUCCUCAGGCAGCGUGGGUUGUUUGGAGCUGCUGCUGCAGAACGGAGCGAACACACACUCCACACACACACACUUCCCCUCUGCCCUGCACGAAGCCUGCAAGAGAGGUGAGACACAAAACAAAAUAUACAAACACAUGCCACAGGAAUAUACAGUACAGUAUGUGUGAUGUGUGAUCAUCGGUACACUGCAAAUUAUUUGGUUCUUACCAAGACAAAAAAACUUAGAUUUUGAAGUGUUAGAUAAUUUCUCUUAUUUUAAGUGAGCUUUGUUUCAAGAUCAGCCUGCUUGGAUUGAGACAGAGUUUAGCCAUUCUUUACUAAUACUGGGUAUUUUUUCUCUAAAUUUCUAUAUUUUGUUUAACUUAUCUUCAGCUUAAUUUGCAAAAAGUAAGAAAACAAAACAUGUAAUUGCUUAUAGCUAGUUUAUUUCGCUGUAAAAAAAUUUACUUUUUAAGUUAUCUCAUCUUAAAACCAUCACUUUCUCCUUACCUUAUAUUUAGUACAUUUAACUUAUUUUAGGGCUGUAAAAGUUAAAUUUCAAGUACUCUGAUCUUAAAACUAGCAUUUUAUAAUUACUUUAUGCUUAUAUUAAGUAUAUUUAACUUAUUUUGGGGUCUGUAAAAGUUACAUUUUAAGUAAUCUGACCUGAAAAACCAGCAUUUUUGGCUUACUUUAGGCCUUCCAAAUACAUUUGUAGACAUGCUCAUUUCUAGAUUUAACAAUCUUAAUUCAAGAAAUCUUGUCAAGUGAAAUUAUCUUGCUGCAUGGACAGAUAAUUUCAAUGUUUUUAGUACCUUUUCAGACACAGUGCUUAUCUUGUUUUUAGACCCCCCUGUUUUUGCAGUGUAUGCAGGUACAGGUGUAUCAGUGUGUGUUUAAUGAGUCAGGUUAUGAUAUCAGAGUAAACAGAUAACUUCCUGAUGAUAACCAGAGAACAGGUGGUAUAUAUAAUUUUAAAUGUAGGUUACCCUUGUGUGCAGGUAACACUCAGUGUGUAGAGGUCCUGCUGUCACAUGGAGCUGAUCCAGAUGAGGAGUCACACUUAGGCACACCCCUCUAUCUGAGCUGUUUACACCAACACACAGAGUGCUGUAAGAUCCUACUGCACAGAGGUAAGACUCACAUCUGUUUAUACUGUCACACCUGGAAGUCACUUAUAGCUCACCUGUGUGACAUGUUCCUCAUUUGUAUUACAUGUUACUCACCUGUGUUACCUGUAACUCAUUUUUGUCAGACUCAAAUUACUGGUGCUUAACCUGUUCUCUUUAUCUGUGUUACCAGUCCCAAUCAGGGUUUCCAUCAUCAUACCUGAUCUUACACUAUUGUUGCCUGUAUCAUUGCACCCAUGUUACAGCUUUGUCACCUGUAUCACAGGUGUACUUAUGUCACAUCACACUCGUAUAACCACUGUACCUGUGUACCUAUUCACACUUGUGUAAACUUCAUGACUUGUGUGACUUUGAUACACCUGUGUUACUGGUGGCAUACAUUUGUAUAUUAACUGGUACCAGUCUCAUUCCCUUUACUUGCACCACACCUAUCAAACCUGUCUCAUUUUUACACCCGUCAAACCUGUAAAGUGCCAUUAUUAUCUGUCCCAACUGUUUUUUUAUUUCACCUGUAUUGUCCUUUAACAUCAUAGGAUUUUUUUGCUGAUGGUUUGAGCUGCAGUCAGUGCCCACAUAUACAGUACAUGUAUAAAUUUUACCUGUAAUACCUGCAGAUUGGUUGGUAAUUUGACCCCACAUAUAAUCCAGAACUGUGUCUUUUUUACACCUUUAUGGCGGAAACUCUGACUUCACUGUCUGUGUGUGUUUGUUUAUCAGUGUGAGUUUUUAUUUAUAUUAUGUUUGUUUUCACGCUUUCAUAUGUGUGUGUGUUUCCUUAUAUUUCUACAUGUGUUCAGGAGCCAGGGUGAAUGUGGGUCGUGGAGCAGAAAGUCCUCUCCAUGUGGCAGUCAGGGGGGACAACGCUGAUCUGGUGUCAGCGCUGCUGGAUUUCGGAGCAGACGUGAACCUCAGAGAUGAAAAUAACCAGCGGGCUCUGGAGGUGGCGCCCCCUGGUGGUCAGACACACAAACAGUUGCAGAGUUUUGAAGGUAACAGCUCUGGGAUUUGUCAGAUUUUCCGACACCCCUGCGUUGAUUGGUUUACAAAGAGGAAUAAAAACAAAAUUUAUUAAAGAAUAUCUCACUCUCUCUCUUUCUCUCUCAGCGUCCCCGAGGUCCCUCUGCCAGCUGUGUCGCCUGCAGAUCAGGACGCUGAUCGGUCGAUCCAGGCUGAAGCUCCUCCCUGUGCUCCCACUGCCCCCUCUGCUCACUGAUUACCUGGAUCACACGUAGGAGGGGGGCCUGCAGCAUGCCCCUAAACAUGUCAAUAACACGCUAAAACAAAUGCAUGUCAACAUAUCACCUUGGUAACGCCAGGCUAAAUCAUUGUGACAUCUCAGUGCACUUCAAGUUAAUUUUUAGAAUGUCUAAAGAGCAUCACUGCCUGUUUACCUGUGAUCAUCUGACCUCUGACCUCAUACUGUCUCUGUGACCUCAUGUGGACUGUUUUUAUUUUUCAUUGUUGUGUUUCUGCCUGUAUGUGUAUCAAUAAAUAACCAAUAACACAACCUCAGAGAGUCACCAGCACUCUGUGAACAGAGAAAGGGAAAACUCA